AUGGGUUGUGUUUGGUGUAAGCCUUCUGCUAUCGAAGAUAGCAAAGAUAGUCCAAGAGAGCGUUUCUCAAACAAAUCAUCUUCAGAGUUUAGAGUGUCAAGACCGGUUGCUUCUUCUAGAAGAGAAGAGCCUCUGAUUAGGGCAAAGGAACGGCCUGAUGUUGUUAGUGUAAGGCCAAUCUUGAGUAGUGGUAGUCAAAAGCAGCAAGCUAAUGUUUCGAUGAUGCAUUUGCGUGGGGAGAAUCUGAGUAGUAGAAGAGAGAAGAAGAUAGAGAAUGUUGUUGCUGCUGCUUCGCAUUUCCCAAUGGGUCUCACCAUAGGGAAAGCAGCUGAAGGAGAGUAUGUAGCUGCAGGUUGGCCUCCAUGGCUGGCUUCUGUAGCUGGUGAAGCUAUCAAAGGGUGGGUUCCACGUCGUGCGGAUUCUUUCGAGAAAUUAGACAAAAUUGGUCAGGGUACUUAUAGUAAUGUGUAUAGAGCUCGUGACCUGGAUCAGAAGAAAAUUGUGGCUUUGAAGAAAGUUAGGUUUGAUAACUUGGAGCCUGAAAGCGUGCGUUUUAUGGCAAGAGAGAUACAGAUAUUGCGCCGGCUUGAUCAUCCUAACAUCAUUAAGCUCGAAGGCUUGGUUACAUCAAGAAUGUCUUGCAGCUUAUAUCUUGUUUUCGAGUACAUGGAGCAUGAUCUAGCUGGACUAGCCUCGCAUCCUGCAAUCAAAUUUUCUGAAUCACAGGUUAAAUGUUAUCUGCAGCAACUAUUACAUGGACUAGACCAUUGUCACAGCCGUGGCGUACUUCAUCGGGACAUAAAAGGCUCAAACCUUCUAAUAGAUAAUAGUGGAGUUCUGAAGAUUGCUGACUUUGGAUUAGCUAGUUUCUUUGAUCCUCGUCAGACUCAGCCUUUGACCAGCCGUGUGGUGACUCUUUGGUACCGUCCACCUGAGCUUUUGCUCGGAGCAACUCGCUAUGGAGCUGCAGUUGAUUUGUGGAGUACAGGUUGCAUUCUUGCUGAACUCUAUGCAGGCAAGCCUAUUAUGCCUGGUAGAACCGAGGUGGAACAGUUGCACAAGAUUUUCAAGCUAUGUGGCUCGCCUACAGAAGAAUAUUGGGUAAAAUCGAGGUUGCCUCAUGCAACAAUAUUCAAGCCUACACAGCCGUAUAAACGGAUAGUUGAUGAGACAUUCAAGGAGUUUCCUCAGCCAGCUUUAGCUCUUCUUGAAACUCUGCUUUCAGUCAAUCCUGACGAUCGUGGAACUGCCACCGCAGCUCUCCAGAGUCAGUUCUUUUCCACUAGACCUCUUCCAUGUGCUCCUUCAAGCUUGCCUAAAUAUCCUCCCAGCAAAGAGCUUGAUGCGAGGAUGCGUGAUGAAGAAAGCAGAAGACAAGGUGGAGGAAACAGGGACCAACGACACCAAGAAAGGAGAGGAACUAAGGAUUCUCGAGCCGUCCCAGCUCCUGAAGCAAACGCAGAGCUUGUUACAUCAAUGCAGAAGAGGCAGAGCCAGUCUGGUAAUAGAAGCCGAAGCGAGAAGUUUAAUCCACAUCCUGAAGAAGUUGCGUCUGGUUUCCCAAUCGAUCCACCAAGGCCAUCGUCGCAAGCAUUUGAGCCAAACAGAGAAUCUCAGGGCAACAUUAUCGUUCCUCACAAGAGAGCUUCACAUUCUGGUCCUCUAACGCGGAGAUCUGCUUCCGCAAAAGGUAGAAGGAACCACCAAGAUCCUCCGAAAGUGUCAUCCGUAGCUGCUGAUUACAACUCGGCGGUUCCUGGUUUUGCUGCAACAACAAGAACAGGCGCAUCGCAACAAGAGACUUGUAGAGGAAUGACUCGGCUUCCAGGUUCCUUCAAGGAAGCCUCUGAAGAAGCAAACCAAGAAGAGAAUGGUAGAAGCAACAAGAAAGACCCAAUUCUUUUGGGUUAUGGAUCAAAAGGGCACAAGAUUCAUUAUUCAGGACCUUUGGUGGUACCAUCAGGAAACAUGGAUCAGGUGUUGAAAGACCAUGACCGCCAUAUCCAAGAAGCUGUGAGAAGAGCACGAAUAGACAAGGCUCGAGUUAGGAAACUUCAAGCUGAAGAAGCGUCGAGCCAACAAGUUCCAACCAAUCAUGCAUCAUCUGUUUCUAGCCGUUGA